AUGGAUCUUCCAAAUAAUGCUGCAUUAUCGGCACUGCAGAAAGUUCAUGAAAUUAAUCAAGGUAGAAGAUAUUUCGGAGACUGUUUCGAUUACAUCCGAUUGAGCAUAGAAAGAGAAUGCUCACGUAACUGGUGUAAUUUUCACACUCAGCCUAUUUUACCAGAAGAAAAACUUGUUGUAACAUUACGGUUUUUGAUAACAGGAGCCUCUUACAAGUCACUGUCUUUAGCAUUCCGAAUAGGGGCUUCGACAAUAAGCAAUAUUGUCCGAGAAACAAUGGACAGCAUUUGGAAUGUCUUGUGUCCAAUCCACAUGCCAAUACCAACAAAAACACAGUUUAUUAAAAUUGCUGAACAGUUUUACCAAAAACGAAGUUUUCCACACUGUUUGGGAGCACUGGACGCAAAGCACAUCCGAAUAAAAUGUCCGCCACAUUCUGGUUCUGUAUAUUACAACUACAAGAAGUUUUACUCGGUCGUUCUGCAAGCCGUAGUUGACGCGGAUUACAAAUUCAUAAUUAUAGAUGUUGGAGGCUAUGGACAGCAGCAUGACAGUUCUACUUUUAGGGCAUCUAGCCUGUACAGGGGAUUGAAAUCUAAAAAGUUAAAAAUACCCGAAGAUACAGAGCUACCUGGAUCGACAGUUAUUUUGCCAUUCGUGUUCAUCGCUGAUGGCGCAUACCCACUGAUGAAACAUAUAAUCAAGCCCUAUCCUGGUCAUAAUUUACCAAGAGAAAAAAUAAUUUUUAAUAAGAAGCUAUCUGCUGCAAGAAUGGUUGUAGAGUGUGCCUUCGGUCAAUUGGCCAAGAAAUUUUCCAUUUUCAACAAAACUAUAGAGCAAUCGCCUAAAUUUGUAAAUAAUAUCGUUAAAUGCGCGUGUUUGUUGCAUAAUAUAAUCUUAGAAAAAUGUAAUAUCAUCGAAUCUGAAAGAGAAGAGCCUUCAUCAGCAUCCAAAAUUGAUAAUAUAAAAGAAAAUACUGAGGCCAUUGAAGCUCUAGGUAGUGAAGUACGACAAGAAUUUAUGCAGUAUUUUGUACAUAAAAUUUGUUAA